UUGCAGAUACUUCUGCAAAGAAGAUGAAUAACACUAACAUUCUUUCAGGGUCAUAUUGCUCUGUGAUUCUAAUUAAGAUUAAAGAAAGAAUCACUUUAACUCAUCUUUGGUUCUGUUAAGAGCCCACUAAGCACGCUAUUCAUUAAAACUACUGAUUGCCUUUCCUAUCCUAAAUUUGAGGCACUAUUCUUUGUGCGCUUUGCCCUCAAUUUUGUUUUAAAAUUGUAAGACGUGUCAUUUCUUGUUCCCUAGUCCAAUUCCAUCUGGGCCGUCCAUAGAGGCUCCGAAACUCCCAAUCCAAAGGAAGGGCUCUUUAGUAAUUCCAUUUCCAUCGUUGGCCAAUCAGAACAGACGGAAUACGGACGCGACGCGAAAUCAUAUGGUAUCCGCAGUCGUUUCAUAUCAGAGAGACUUUGGCACUUGGCUGGAGUAAAUUGAGGGACGGAAGAAUGCUGCGUGGUGCGGUCCGCCCCGUUCUGACGCGUGUCGUCGCAGUAUUCGCUUUCAUCUUCAUCUUCUCCGUUGUCUUAUCCGAGUGUGCCAAAAAUGAUUCGCAGGUGAAAUGCAGCAGAACUUGCGUUGCACAGAAUUGUAAUUCGGUUGGGAUUCGGUACGGGAAGUACUGUGGUGUAGGGUGGACGGGGUGUCCUGGAGAGAAACCAUGUGACGAUCUGGAUGCUUGUUGCAAGAUCCACGAUGAGUGCGUCGAGAAAAAAGGUAUGACUAACAUUAAAUGCCAUCAGAAGUUCAAGACAUGCAUAAAGAAAGUACAGAAAUCUGGGAACACCGGAUUUUCUCGGGAUUGUCCCUACGACACAGCAGUGCCCACUAUGGUACAGGGUAUGGAUAUGGCCAUUUUACUGAGCCAAUUAGGUAACUCAAGGUUUGAGCUGUAACUAGUGAAUUUUAGAAAGAUUGUUGAAACAUGGUUCCUGUAUCAUUCAUCGUUUAUGUCAUGCAUUCAUUUGCAUGGAAAUGGAUUGUUGCACAAUUUUAUAUAGGUGCAGGCAUCCUCUAUAAUAUUGUAUUGUUUACUUAGCUUUGAAAUAAAUCAAUAUCAGUUCUUAUUUGUAUUCAGAA